AUGACUCCGAUUGGUGUGACCUCUGAGCCCGCGGAUGAAUGGGAAUUCUUUCGCUUGUGUCCGAUAUGCCGCAAAGCAUUCGUGAAAGAUAACUCCUUUAAGCGACACCUCUCGUAUUGCCGCAGAGCCCAGUUCAAGCGGAAGGGCCGACCUAAGCCGUGCGAUGGUUGUUCAUUGGCCAAGACUAAAUGCAGUCUGGAUGAACCGACUUGUCAAAGAUGUCGCUCAAAGGACCUGCCAUGUGUAUAUGGAGCAAAGCUUUUGGAAGGACUCUUUCCGAAUCCUGAUUCGCAAAAUGGAAUCCCAUUUGGAAACCCGGACAACCUGCAUCUUGAGCAAAUGUUAACCGCUGGAGAUCCGGCGAAGAGUGUGACUGGGGGUUCAGAUCCGCCGCCAGAAUUCAAUAGCCAUCUAACACCGCCACAAAGCAGCUGGCCCUUGAUUUCCUCUGACAUUUCGAAUGGACAAGAAAGCGUAGCGGAACCGACGAGCGCACCUUCUGAGAGCCUCCAGAGCUCGGAAUUCUUACCUUUUGAUGAAGCUGCACCUGCUCAGUCAACUGAGCUAGCCAACGAGCCAGCAACUUUGACAGCGCUGAAACAACCCAGCCCGGAAGCAGAAGCCAGUGCCACCAUUGUAAUGCAUUGUAUCCGCUCAUACCCUCAGAUGAUGCUCCGUCGACAGACCUUUCCACCGUUCAUCCAUCCUCAUUGGCACACGGAAAAGCUACCCGAGAACCUGGUUAAUUGCAUGAGUAUUGCGCAGUUGUUCGUUACCCGGACAUCGGAGAACAGCCCCUUCCUGUGGCGAACUAUAGAUAAUGAAGUCAGCCGAUUUAAGGAUGAGGCCAAUGAAAUGGACGUAAGAGUGGUUCAGACAGCGGCACAGGCCACAUUGAUCUAUCUGAUCAUGUUGGCUGUAGACGAGGCCGAAGAUAUGUCAGCCCGGGGUGCUCGACUGUUAGAAGUUUUUCAGAUUUUGUCCUUUCGGACAAGAGACCUCUGUGGUGGAAUCUUCUUGGCCCCUCCCGAAUGCAAACAUCCCAGUCCCAGCUGGGAAGAGUGGAUAUUCACGGAAUCAAGGAGACGAAUUAACUGCUUUUAUUUCGCCGUUCGCGAAGUUAUACAGGCAAAAGCCGACGUACCUUGCGUGCCCCCUGGUGCACAUCGCCAGGUGGCACUUUGCUCCGCUAAAACAAUGUGGGAAGCAAGAUCCCGCGAGGGGUGGGAGGAAGAAAUGGCUAUUCAGAAUAUGGGACGACUGCACAUCGAUCUUUGGAGCCUUGGAGCGCUUCUGGAUGCUCAGCGGCACCCGGAGGAUGCAAUGUAUGCCCAACUGCUUGAGAUUUGGGGAGCUAAUACGGAUAAAAUGGGGGUGCUUAUGAGUGUGGUAGCAGUUAUUAUGAACCAACAAGAAAGCCAAUUAGUGGAGGGAUAUUAA